AUGCCGCUCUUAUUACAUGCUUUUGCCAAGAGCUUUGCCCGUCCAGCUUGCUGCAAGAACGUCCAAGUCCAAGCAAUAAUACCAUCUCCACACGACGUGUUUAUUAGCCACCGGGGGCCGGAUACCAGAAGAAACAUUGCGGGGUUACUCUACGACAACCUUCUCCGGCUUGGGCUUAGGCCCUUCCUGGACUACCGAAACAUGAAAGCUGGUGAUAAAUUGUACGAAAAGAUUGAUACCGCCAUUCGAGAUUGUAAAGUUGGUGUUGUAGUGCUCUCGCCCAGAUAUUGUGAGUCUUUGUAUUGUCUCCAUGAAUUGGCUCUUUUAACGGAAUGCCAGAAAAGAGUUAUACCCAUCUUUUAUAAUGUCAAACCGUCCCAGCUUCGAGUUGGGAACAAAUACGAUGGAACUUAUGUUCCAGAGGAAAAACUUGAGAGAUUCAGAAGAGCACUUGAAGAGGCUAAAGAUACCCUUGGAUUUCGCUUUGAUUCGUCGAGAGGAUAUUGGUCAGAGUUCCUACAAAGUGCUUGUAAUGACAUCACAGAUCAGAUUGCUCAGAGUUCCUGA